AUGUUCGUAGCUAAUCAAUUAGAGCGCGAUGAACUUCCAAGGAGGACGGUGGCUUCUAUGGUUGACAGCAAUGGACAAUGGCGAUGGGAGCUAAUAACUGAUUUUGUUCCGAGUAAUAUCACACAGAGACUAGCAGCUACGAUGCCGACACGGAAAGGAGGUAAGAAUGAUGCGCCAGGUUGGAAGUGGAACAUUGAUCGCUAUUUUUCGGUAAAAUCAGCGUAUGAUAUGAGACAGGCAACCUCCGAUGCUAUUCCGCAUAAAGUAUUGGAAGUGAUUUCGAAAUAUCGAGGGAUACUACGGGUUAAAAUCUUCUUGUGGUUAGUAGCAAAUGAGCGGCUAUUAACUAAUACGGAACGAGUCCGACUGCAUUUGACAACAAUUUUCGGUUCCCAGAAUCCAUGGAGAGCCCUGAAUUCUUCUUUCCUCAUAAACAUCGGGAAGCGAUCUCUUAUUCGUUGCUCGGCCAAGAAGAAAAUCAUAUUCAUGGAUCAAAUUCUCGAUUAUAUUGAAGGUUUUUUGAGUUUAAGAAGGUGGUAUGGAGCACCUGAACUACUGCCAAAAGAUGGAUCACUCGUGGAAGAUCAGGAGGAGGAUCAUCCAGAGGAUGAAAUCAGGGAUGCAGUUUUAGUAACGGAUGGGGAUAAUGAAAUUAGCCAGAUGGUGAUAUUAUCAUUGAUUGUCAAACGAAUUAAAGUAAAAGCAUUAAUGAAGGAUAAGCGUUCAGCUAACGAAGCCUUUGGAAAUUAUGUUGAGGUAACUUCAUAUAUCCUAAAUGAAAUACUCAUAAAGAAAGCUCUUCGAGGAGUUCGUGCAAUCAUAUGCCCAAAUGAAGGUUUCUUAUCAAGUGUUGUGGAGAGCUUCAAAGGUGUUGAACAUAUAGUUCUCUUGUCUCAGUUGUCUGCUUAUAGAGCUAGCAGUGGCAUUCAAGCUAUCAUGACAAGCAAUCAAAGGAAGUUAGAUGAGGAAGAUGAAUCAGCACUGAUAGCUUCACGAAUUCCAUAUACCAUAAUUAGAGCAAAAAAGUUGCAAAGCACUCCUGGUGGAACACGGUGGAACACUAGGUUUCAACUUUAUGGUGUUAAAUCAUUUUAUUCUUUUGAUAGCUGA